ACCUCAUCAAGCCACAUCUUAAAACCCCAUCUUUCCCAAAAAUCACUUCCUAUAACUUCCCUAUGAACGAAGCACUAGGAUCAAUCUUCUCCGGCGCAAUCCCCAGCCAAUUCAUGGGUUCCCAAAACACCCCCGCCGACGGCGCGGGCCCCUCAGAGAGCAAAUCCAACACCCAAGAGCGCAUCGCCAAAGAAAUCCACAGCCGCGUCGAAGAAGCAAAAGGCCUGCAACAAAAAUCCCUCGACCUACACGAAAAAGCCGAUAACACAGAAGAUCCUGAAGAAGCGGAGAAUAUACGGCAUGAAGCACGCGAGAUUGAUAAAAAGGCAGCGAAGCUUAUGAAGAUUGCUGAGAGGUUGGAGAAGGGAUGGAUACAGGGCGGUGCGAUGGGGACGGGGAUAGGUGCGGGUGUGGCGAGUGGGCUGGGGCUGGGAGUCGGGGCGCUGUUGACGGGGGUCGUGGCGAUUCCGACGGCUGGGUUGGGGUUGCUUAUUGGCGCGGGGACGGGGCUUGCGCAUGGGAGUUGGGUCAAGUUUACGGAUGCGUUUACGAAGGAUGAGGCUGAUGAGAUUGUUAGUGAGGCCACGGAGGAGGCGGAGAAGAUUGCAAAGGGCUGAAGUCUUAUGAAUAUGGGACUGAGUAUGGAGGAGGGGAAGGGUUAUACGAUAAGUCAGGUUGUUCAGAUUGCAUUUGGGUUGCAUAUGGCUCAAGGUUACUGCUAGCCAUCAUUUCAUUCUUUUCAUUGUUCUAUCGCCUCUCUUUUAGCUAGUCACUUGCAGUAGCAUCAGCCAGCCCUAUCAGUGUUACCAACAACAUGUCAAUGUCACAUCAAUCUCUGCAUCAAUGCAAA